AUGCCACCCACCCUGACUCAUGAAUGCACUCGGGUCCCGGUAACAGCUCUAGCCACUCAUGGCCCAUUGCUUUUCGCCGCAGAGGGGCCAUACUUGCGCUUGUAUACUGGACAAAACCCCAGGCACAUCUCCACGGAGCAGAUAUUCAAAAAUCAAACUAUCCAUGGAAUUUCUGUCUUCCCAAAAACACAGCAUCAUGUGAUUCUUAUCUUCUGGGGGGGAUUCGUGGUUCGAGCCCUGGAGAUCGAGUUUUCCAUCAAUGACUCCGAUAUUGGCGUUGCUGUUGAGAGGCAACAGCUGUCGUUUCUCGCGCGAGCAGCAGACUGGAUCCUUGAUAUAGCCAUUGGGUCAUUUAAGCUUCCAGAUUCUUCAGAACCUGUUGAGGCGGUCUGUGCAGCUAUAACCGCUCACAAUACACUCCUUGAGCUCAUCGUGAAGCGCAUCGACGAUACACAAGAUGAAAAUGAGCCCACAAAGAGAACACCCCUAAGCCUACAUAUCUCAGACCUUCGGUCAAGUUCUCGCUCCAUUCUGUAUUCUGCACAUCUGCUCUGGGAGUCUUACGAGCAUAUCCUAGCUGCUGCUGGGACCGCCUUUGGAGAAAUAAUCGUAUGGUCGUGGACACGGGAAGUGAAUAACGAAUCGUACUCGUGCAUACACCGAAUCUUUCUCGGACAUGAAGGCUCAAUAUUUGGAGUACACAUAUCGCAUGACCUACAUCUACCAGGUGAAAAGGAACCCCAGAGACUACUAGCAAGCUGCAGUGAUGACCGUACUAUCCGAGUCUGGGAUAUAUCAGACAUUUCAAGGUCCGUACUUGGCUCUAACGAUGGCAUAGAGGUUCAGAGAACACGGCAUACUGGAUUUAGCAAUACCGCUUUCGACUCGGACACCUCUGGUCCAACAUGUCUAGCAACUGGCUGGGGUCACCUCUCCCGUGUCUGGACGAUCCGCUUCCUUGAUCUACCAGAGCUUGACGGUACCUACAUGAUUUCCGCUGGGGAAGAUGCAACAGUCCGCUUAUGGAAACUCGUUCAAAAAAGAGCGGGCAGUCCCUCAGAGGCUAAUGUUUCACAAUUUGGCCUCAGGCAGUUCAGCACCUUUGCAUUCCAUAAUGGCAAAAACAUUUGGGCUACGACCAUUUUUCGCCAUUCCUCUGGCUUGCUAAACUUGAUUUCUGGUGCUGCAGACAGCCACAUGGCUGCUUGCUUGUUAUUACCCCUAUCCCGAGGACCGUUUUCCAGUCUUGGGCCCCGUCUUUCUGAAUGCAGCGUCCAAGAUAUAGUAUCGUUAGGCCAACCAUCCACAGAUGAUGUUAUGCCUCUACAAAAACUCCCCACGCAUAAAUCAUCGAAAGUGGCAGAUUUCAUUCGAAGCUACGCCUUCAUUGAUCGCUCGUCAUUCAUCCUGACCACAAAUUCCGGGAAGGUCUACCUUGAAACUCUUGCAUCGGCGCUCGACUCCUCCAGAAACGAAGUUGUUGUGGGCUCGAAGCUCAUCGACUAUAGAGAGGACAUGCUCGGGUACUCGAUUUGCACUGCUGAGCCGUCACGCCCGGUAGGCUUCAAGGUUGACAAAACUUCACCCGGGCUAGCAUUUGUAGCUGGCUCACGCGGAACUAUUUAUGCCUACCAGCAGGAUUCAUUCAAGCUGACAAAAAUUUGCACAGUCCAAGGGAAAGUUGGGUCUAUGUUUACGAAAAGAAUCAAUGGUGAUCUUGGUUCUAUUCAUUUAGUGCUUUUGGUCACGUUGGUUGGACAGAAAGUUGCCCGGCUGUUCUUUGUAGAUUACCGGGAAAAGAAAAAACCUACUGUAUCGAGGACAAUGAAUGUACCCUUAUCGGAAUUGCUGACAGGCUUUGUCAUUACAAGCAUGGCGUACGUGGACACUCUCCGGAAAACUAGCUACCUUCUCCUUGGAUUUCGCCGCGGUUCGGUGGCGGCAUAUUCAGUCCCGAUUGCGAACUGCGAAGAACGCCAGGCCUCUAUGAUUCGAAUAAUCGACAAGGCUCACGGUAAAGAAACCGUUACAGCAAUGAUGUUCAUGGCGUCACAGCCUGAGUUUCUCAUAACGGUCCCAUCACAUGGACAUUUGUACUCUGUUGGGAGAGACGGAUGCCUUGCAAUCCACUAUGUUGACUUUAACACAAAUUCUGUAACACUGGUGCAUAACCUUGCAGUCCCAGUUGGACCGAAUCUCGAGGGAAUAUACUACGACAUGGGCUCUCUGAUGGUGUACGGUUUCUCGAGCACCAAGUUCGUUCUCUACAACACAACCGACGAGGAAGAGCGCAUGAGUGUCGAGACUGGUGGCGCACACCGAAGCUGGUCAUAUCAACAUCAAGUCCUCGCUGGCACAUCUACGCUUGUAUGGACUAGGGCGUCGAAUAUGCAUGUGUGUAUUCAGAACAGGCCGAUUCAUCAGACUAUCCGGUCAGGCGGACACGGAAGAGAAAUCAAGACCGUAGCAAUCUCGAAGGCAGAUGUUGAUGGAACAUCGAGGCAGGUCAUUGCUACUGGUGCCGAGGACACUGAUAUCAAGAUCUUUGAUUAUGUGGACGGUGAUAUUAAUUACCUGCGAACGCUGCGAAAGCACACUACUGGCAUUCAACAUUUGCAGUGGUCUGGAGACGGCAAAUACCUUUUCAGCAGCGGCGGGUGCGAGGAGUUUUACGUUUGGAGAGUCCGCAUUCUACCACGUGCUAUGACUGUGGAUCUUCUCGCUGUGUGCGAGUCCAUUUGCGAACCGGAAAGCGAGCAUUCGGAUCUGAGAAUUAUGUCGUUUGACGUACGUCGAGAGUCCAAAAAGGGGGGUAAUGAAGAGACUGUAUUUGUCAUUGCGAUGGUAUUCUCAGACUCAACGAUUAAAGUCUACAGCCACUCCCCUACCGCAGCUGUGAAAUGGCACCUACUCGCCAAAGGCGUCUACUUCACAUCCUGCCUCACCCAAUGCAUCUUUCUCUCCUCCACUUCCAUCAUGACAGCUGGCACAGACGGCCACGCUGUUCUCUGGCCCCUACCGUCUUCCAUCCUCCGCCCACAUACCAGCGAUCCUCAACCACCUCAACCUCUAGCCUGGAAAGAUCCUGCAAAAAUCCAUCAGAAUACUUCAAAAGCCUUGGCUUCCGCUUCUCUUGGCCAAAACACAACGCUCGUAGUCUCAGGCGGUGACGACUGUAGCUUAUCAUUCCUCCUCACAUCUCCCUCAUCCACAGAUCUAGAUUACACAUACAACCACCCUCCGAUCAUCGUACUACGCGCCCACGCAUCCGCCGUAACUGCUUGCGCCAUCCUUCAACAUCAUAAGCAGUUCUUCGUAGUAACAUGCGGAAACGAUCAAUGUGUUCGAUUAUGGGAAGUCGUCCCCAAUCCACCACAAGCAGGGGACGCCUUGGAAAUCAAACGAAUCCAAAAGAUUACGACGAGUGUAGCAGAUGUGUCCAGCAUGGAUGUUCUAUGGCAAGAGGGCGGGGAAGCACGAGUCUUGAUAUGUGGCGUUGGGGUGGAAAUUAUUCGGAUAGACUGGGAUGUAAGCCUGACGUAG